AUGAGCCUCGCGACACCCGAAGAUCCCCCUGUAUCAAGACCCCAACGCUCCCUGCACGGCCGCGUCGCUGUUGUGACCGGCGCAGGCGCAGCAGGUGACGGGAUCGGAAACGCACGCGCAGCGGCCAUCCUACUCGCGGAGGACGGCUGCGCAGUGGUUUGUGUCGACGUGAACCUGGAGUUGGCCGAACGCACCGUCCAGAUGAUCGCCGCCGAGGGCAAAGGGCGCGCAAUUGCCGUGCGCGCAGACGUGACCGUUGCCGCCGACUGCGAACGCGUCAUCAAGACGGCCGUCGAUCACUUCGGACGACUCGAUAUCCUGUUCAACUGUGUGGGUGUGGGCGGUGCGCAGGGCACAGCUGAGACGGUGGACAUGGAGGAGUGGGCGCAGGGACUUAAUCUGAACGUCUCGAGCAUGGUGCUCAUGGCCAAAUAUGCCAUCCCUGCGAUGCGCAAGAACGACCCUGCGCCUGGCUAUCGCGGCAGCAUUGUCAAUAUGGGCAGUGUUGCUGGGCUCAAAGGCGGCACGCCGCAUCUCCUGUAUCCGACGAGUAAGGGGGCGAUUGUGAAUAUGACACGCGCCAUGGCGGCGCACCACGCUAAGGAUGGGAUCAGGGUUAAUUGUGUCUGUCCGGGUAUGGUGUAUACGCCGAUGAUGUACGCCAAGGGGAUGUCGCCGGAGGCGAGGGAGGCCAGGAAGAAUAGAAGUCUGUUGAAGACGGAGGGUAAUGGAUGGGAUGUGGGCGCCGCGGUGCGCUUCUUAGCGGGCGAUGAGGCGCGUUUCAUGACCGGUGUCAUUCUACCUAUCGAUGGUGGUACCACGGCGGCUGUGGGUACGGAGCUUCCUGCUGCUGCGAGCGUGAAUGGGUAG